GAUCUCUAGUUUUGAUCAAGCAGAAAGAAAAACAGUUAAACGUUACUGAAACUAAAUAGUUUAUGGAAGGUGGAGAAUUUUACCCAAAAUCAACAAUGGAGAGAGGAGAUACUUACUCAGGAUCUACCUUGGAGACUGGAGUUUACUCCAACUCCAACUGGGGGAAUGGAGAUGAACCCCUCAACUCGUCCUGGGAAAAUGGAGCAGUUUACUCUCCCUGGGAGAAUGGGGGUGAACCUGGAAACUUGUCAUCCUACCCGGAGUCAAACCUAACUCUAGAUCAGUUUCUGGCAGAAGUACUUGGACCAAAGCAGCUGGAUGGGCCACUCUUGCUUCCAGUUACUGUGUUCUAUGUUAUCAUAUUUCUCACUGGACUUGUAGGCAAUAUUUCGGUUUGUAUAGUGGUUGGUAGAAAUCUAUCCUUACACACAGCAAUGAACUAUUAUCUUCUUUGCUUGGCAAUCUCAGAUCUAUUCAUAAUUAUUCUUGGAGUACCCCAUGAAUUAACAAUCUACUGGAAUCAAUACCCUUUCCCCUUCGGACAAGCAUUCUGUAAACUUCGAAGCUUCGCAUCAGAAAUGUUCUCUUAUGUCAAUGUUUUGACUAUUCUGAGCUUUUCCCUUGAGCGCUAUCAGGCAAUCUGUCACCCUCUCUCCUCUCUUCCCUUUACAGAGAGAUCUCGAGUUCUGCUAGUAUUUAUCUCAUGUUUACUCAUCUCAGCUGUUUUCUCUCUACCUCAUCUUCUCUUUACAAAGUUGAACUAUCUAGAGUAUCCUUGGGGAUCAGGAAACCAGGUUGUAGAAUCUGCUUUCUGUGCUAUGUUGGAUGUAAACAUUGAGCCCCAGUGGUAUCCUGUACAUGAACUCUCCUUUCUUGUGUUCUUUCUUGUCCCAGUCAUACUUCUUUCAGUAUCCUACAUUAGGAUUGGAAUAAUGAUAAACCGUUCAGCUAAGCUAAAUCUCAGGAGAUCAAGACACAGACAGUCUAGAGGUUCCCCUCUUGAUAAUAGGAAACAAAUUAUCAGAAUGCUAGUUGCUGUUGUUAUUGUAUUCUUUGUAUCCUGGGCUCCAUUUCAUGUUCAAAGAUUGGGAUACGUCUAUUUUAAGGAGAGUGAAUCGUUCCGGACUGUGAAUGAAUAUCUGUUCUAUUUAUCCGGGUGUUUGUAUUUCCUCUCAUGUACUCUCAAUCCAAUACUUUACCAUAUCAUGAAUGUGAAAUAUAGAAAGGCAUUUGUGAAGACGUUUUGUACUCAGGGUCCUGAUCCUGGUAGUAUCCAGGUACCAACCUGGAUUUCUGCUCAAACCUCAACCACAAUCAUACCCAACAGCAGGGAUGUUGGUUCUGUGAGAUUGAAGUUGAUAAUUAGAAGAAACUGGCAAGCAGAGACAACUUUAGCUUUAGAUUCAGAUAGAAUAUCAGAACAUGCUCUUUAAACAAUCAGAAUAUGCUUUUUAAACUAAUAUAAUGUCAGAACAUGGUUUUUAAAAUAAUAGGAUAUCCGCACAUGCUCUUUAAACUAAUACAAUAUUAGAAUAUUCUCUUUAAACUGAAAUAAUAUAAGAACAUGCUCUUUAAACUGACAUAAUAUAAAAACCUCUUUAAGCUGGCAUAAUAUAAGAACAUGCUCUUUAAACUGACAAAAUAUCAGAUAAUGCUCUUUAAACUGACAUACUAUCUGAACAUGCUCUUUAACUGAUAAAUAUCAGAAAAUGCUCUUUAAACUAACAUAAUAUCAGAACAUGCUCUGUAAACUGAUAAAAUAUCUUUAACAGUCUCUGAACAGCUGAAAAACGUGCUCAUUACCCAAACUCUCAUUAGCUGGUAAUGGGUAUAAUACCUUAACUCUUUUAACUUACAACAUUACAAAACGUUAAAACCUGAGACCUGAAUGUAAUGGUACCUUGUCAACCAAACUAGAGAAGAUGUGCCUGAGCUACUCGUAAACAGACCAUGCAUUGGCAUGCUGGUUUAAUACAGCUUCAAGGUCUUACAAAGGGAGGUAUUGAUAAGUUUGUUAGGUCAGACAACGUUUAGGCUCGUUUCCUCUAGGUUGGUUUACUUAAAAUCUAAAAAUCUUUAUAGCGACUGAAGACUGCUCUACGAGUGUAAAUAUUGUUUGUCAAAUGUUAAUUGUUAUAAAUGUAUAUAAAACAUAUAUAUAUAUAUAUUUGUUGUUUAUAAUUUUAAUCAUUGUGCAAAGUUUACAGUUCAUAAAAAUACAAAAAAAAAUCAACAAAAACAGCUGAAGGCAGCUCUAAUACGAGUGUCAAUAUUGUUUGUCAAAUUGUUGUAAAUUUAUUUAAAAUAUAACUAUAUAUGUAUUGUUUAUAAUUAUAUUAUAAUCCUUGUGCAAAGUUUAA